CUCGCGAUGUUGUAACUUUCCCACGCUUGUUGUUUUGGCAUGUGCCCUCUGCCGGUGCCCCUUCUCCACCUCACAUUUACCACAUUUUCUGCCCCGUCAAAGCUGCCCUUGUCCUGCUAAUGCCCCUAACUCUGAAGGGCUUAAGUUGGGUGCUUCGCUCCAGACAAGGCUAGAGGGAGUAGUCUCGCGAUUGUUCCAUUUUUUUCUGGUGGAGUAUUUUGGAAGAUGGCGCCCGUUGUGACGGGGAAGUUUGAUGAGCAGCAGCAUCAGCCUCGGCGCUUAACAAGGGAGGCUAUGAGGAAUUACCUGAAGGAGAAAAAUGAUCAAACUGUACUCAUACAGCACGCGAAAGUUGCUCAAAAGUCAUAUGGCAACGAGAAAAGGUUUUUCUGUCCUCCACCAUGUGUGUAUCUGUUGGGCACCGGCUGGCAGAAGAAAGUGGAGCAACUAGAAAGGGAAGGUUGUACUGAGCAGGAAUCUCAGCCCUAUGCUUUCAUUGGGAUAGGGAACAGCGAGCAGGAGAUGCAACAACUCCAUCUGGAGGGAAAGAACUUCAGCACAGCUAAGACGCUGUACAUCAGUGACUCAGACAAGAGGAAGCACUUCAUGCUGUCCGUGAAGAUGAUUUAUGGAAACAGCUCCAACAUCGGAGUCUUCCUCAGCAAGAGGAUCAAGGUCAUCUCCAAGCCCUCCAAGAAGAAACAGUCCUUAAAGAAUGCAGACUUGUGCAUUGCUUCUGGGACUAAGGUGGCCUUGUUCAACCGCCUGCGUUCCCAGACAGUGAGUACACGAUAUCUUCAUGCAGAGGGGGGCAGCUUUCAUGCCAGCUCUCAACAGUGGGGGGCCUUCUACAUUCAUCUGUUGGACGAUGAUGAGUCAGAAGGGGAGGAGUUUGCUGUGAGAGAUGGUUACAUUCACUACGGCCAGACGGUGAAAUUGGUCUGUUCGGUGACUGGAUUGGCUUUACCCAGGCUGAUUAUUCGCAAAGUGGACAAACAAGCCGCGUUAUUGGAUGCUGAUGAUCCGGUGUCGCAGCUUCACAAGUGUGCCUUCCACCUGAAAGACACAGACAACAUGUAUCUUUGUCUUUCACAGGACAAGAUCAUCCAGUUCCAGUCAACACCGUGCUCUAAAGAGACUCGUAGGGAGAGUAUUAACGAUGGCGCUUCGUGGACUAUCAUCAGCACUGACAAGGCGGAGUACACGUUUUAUGAAGGCAUGGGCCCUGUCCUCUCACCAGUCACACCAGUUCCAGUGGUGGAAAGUCUCCAGUUAAACGGUGGUGGAGAUGUAGCCAUGUUGGAGCUUACGGGACAAAAUUUCAACCCAAACCUGAGGGUGUGGUUUGGAGACGUGGAGGCAGACACCAUGUACAGGUGUGGAGAGAUCAUCCUGUGUGUGGUACCAGACAUCUCUGCCUUCAGGGAGGGGUGGCGCUGGGUGCUGCAGCCGGUCCAGGUUCCUGUCACACUGGUUCGUAAUGAUGGGAUAAUCUACUCCACCGGCCAGACUUUCACCUACACACCAGAGCCGGGGCCUCGGCCCCACUGCAAUGCCACCGGGGCCAUCCUGAGAUCACGCAGCACUUCUUCAUCAUCACCAGAAUCUUCAUCAUCACCCUCAUCAUCUUUGGGUGGCCUUGGGGAAAGCCAUGGGGCGUACAGCAGUAGUGAAUCUGGGCUGUCUGCACUGACAUAGUGAAUCUGGUUUUGUGCACAUUGGCUAUGAGUGAACAAAUGGUGCAAUGGUUCCAAAGUGGCUCAUGGACCUCUGGAAAACUGUACAGAAGCCCCAAAACCCUCUUCAUGAGACUGAAGUGACAGGAAGCGCUUAAAAACUGAGAAAGGAGGUUCAAAGGAAACACAUCUAUACGAGUCUGUACAUUAGCACCCUCUGGUGAGUUGUGGACGUGUUACAGAGGACUUCAUAUCCUUUCUCACCUGAAAGUAGGUGAAUGUGCCUUCUGACUUUCAUAUAAUACUUUUUUUUUUUACUUGCGUUUUAAUUUUAAAUCUAACUUCCUCUUUUUCACCACUAAGCUCAUAUUUUUUACUGAAAAACCUUUUAAAUAUUAGUUCCAAGACAGGGAACAUUUUAAGAGUAACAUAGUUUGUAUUAGGGCUGCA